UCCCAUGAACGUCUGACCCACACAAUUUGAACAAAGGUAAGAAACCAUAACUUUGCCAUGGUUACACGGGCUAAUACUAAAUUAAAAUAUACAAUUAAUGUCAUUUUGAUUCGAUUUAUACGCUACUUCUCUUGCACAGAGUAGGCUACAUUAAGUGAUAUGAUGUAUUUAGCUAACUCUAGAUUAAGGUUUAUUGGGGCUAUGACUGUAGUUCUUAAUGAUGAUUAUCAAAUAUUUUCUUCUUGCUUUAGUGAUGAGCCCAACAAAGAAAAGAACAGCCAGUGGUGUGAUCACCUUCCACACACAUUUUCCUGUUAGCCUGUUGGAAUCAGAGGUGUGCAUAGCAGAUCUGAAGGAUGAUACAGAGGGCAAAAGGAGCCUGUAUCAGCCGAGGAGCACCUUUAACGGUGUCAAAGCAAAGCAAAGAGUUGAGGCCUCACUCCCUGAGCCACAGCAGGGCACAAGCCAACACUUUCUCUCUGACUCCUCCCUCAGACGACUGCAGGAAAAGAUGGAGGCUGAAAAACAAAAAGCCAAUAGAAUAAUCCAACCUUUACUGGAGACUGAAAAUGGUUUGGUGAAGGAGUUGGAGAGGUUUUUCAGCAAGCGGGAUGUCACAGAGCUGAGGAGAAGGGAGCUGCUGCACAAACACUGGACAGAGCGUGUGUGGUUUCCACUCCAGUGUAGAGUUGAGGAACGUGUGUCCAGCUGUGGCCCGAUGGAAGCCAAGCGACGUCAGAGCUUAUACAGUCACUACCUCCAUCACUGCAAUGCUAAGGGUUUUGUGUUUCUAGAAACUUACAAUCUGAAGGAAUACAAUCCUUUUCUUCUCAACAUCAAAAAGCCAUGCUGCUUCAAGGUCAACAGAGCUGACUUUAAGGAACAGAGAACAGCCGGCUCUUGUGAAGCAGGAUGCAAACGCAAGCUUCCUUGUCCUCUCAGUGAUUCUGUGGCAUCCAACACAAGUCUACAGGCCUCAUCUAGUUAUCCAAUCUCUGCUUCAAGAAAAGCUCCAGAUGAGGCUCAAGGAAAGAAAUCCACUGGGUAA